AGUAUUGUAGAUAUGGGCAGUCCUAAAUGCCGUCAGAUCGGAUCAGAACCCGCCACUGUCAUCAGAAAACAGUCGAACAAAAUUACUAAGUGUUUAUUUUAAAUCAUACUUUGUGUUAUUAUUUUUUGUUUUGUGAAAGUUUCAUUACAAGAAAAAUUAACUUUAAUUUUGCUUUGUAAAAUUAUUUUUACUUGUGAUGAUAUAGUAGCGCCAAACUGUGUAAAUAUAAGAGCACUGAACAUGACAGAAAAAACGAUAAUCAAAUAAUUAAAUUAUAAUUUAUAAAAUAAUAAUAUUAAAUCUCACUUACAUUAAUUCAUCUUUUAAUUUAUAAAUAAUUCUAUAUAAUGGCCGGUUACGUAAGAUUUAUGUUUGCAAUAAUGUUGUGUAUUGCAAACAUGAUAAUAUACGGACUGAAAGUAAACAUCUCGACGACAAUUAUCGGGAUGGUUAAAUCAAAAGUUAACAAAACAAAUGAUGGGUUAAAUAAUAUAACUUCUGAGUUUGAAUGCACAUUUGAUGAUGUUGUUGCAAAUACCAGUUUAAUUGUCGAUAACAACAACAAGCCAAUUAAUAAUAUGAUUUACUUUGAAGACCAGUAUGAAUGGAGUUCUACGCAACAAGGUCUUAUUAUUAGUCUUUAUUUUGCUGGUUAUAUGUUAGGAAUGUUUCCAGCCGGUUAUUUUGCUGAUAGAUUUAAUACUAAGUGGGUGCUAUUAGUAUCUGUGUUGGGGAACUCAAUAUUUACAUUACUCGUACCAAUAGCCGCGAGAUCAAUAUCAAUUUUACUAUUUCUACGGUUUAUGGCUGGAUUAGUGAGCGCAGCUAAUCUCCCAGUUGUUAACGUACUGGUAGGUAAAUGGAUGGUUUAUGAAGAAAAAAGCACAUGGGUUGCUAUUAUAAACGCAGGUACUUCACUGGGUACUGUUAUUUCAAUAUUAUCAUCGGGACUAAUAAUGCACGACAUGGGAUGGAAAGCUGUCUUUUAUAUUCACGGAAUUUUACCUCUCAUUUGGUGCGCUGUUUUUGCAAUAUUUUUUGCUGACAAUCCUGAAUCACAAAAACUCAUCAGCAAUGCCGAGAGACAACUCAUUGUUAAUUCUUACGGGCAUCGGCAUACUCGUAAAGAAAAUAUAGCAGUACCUUGGAAAGAAAUAUUUCAUUCCCGUCCUUUUUGGGCUCUCGUUGCUACCAAUUGUUUAGGUAAUUUUUGUUGGUACUUUUUACUUACCCAAUUGCCUCUUUACAUGAACAAAAUGAUCAGAUUUGAUAUUAAAAAAAAUGCUAUGAUUAGCUGCUCUCCGUACUUAAUUAAUGCAAUAACGAACCCCCUGUUGGGUAAAAUUCUUGAUAUUGGACGCCAGGGUGGCUACUGGUCGCAAACAACCGGCCGAAAAAUAGCUGUCGGAAUAAGCUGCAUUCCACCAAGUAUAAUGCUCAUCGUAAUAGCGUACAUCGGAUGUGAACGUACUGUAUCGACAGUGUUGCUCAUCCUAAGUAUUGUAAUUAGUGGCGCCAUAUUUGUCGGGCAUUUGACAAAUCAAAAUGACCUUGCGCCUAAUUAUGCUGGGAUUUUAAUGGGAAUAACAAAUACUCCUGGCACAAUAUCUGCAUUUGUAUUGCCUGCACUUGUUGGCGCUUUAACUGAAGGCGGACAUACAUUCCAAAGAUGGCGUUAUAUAUUUUGGAUAAAUGUUAUCGCUCAAAUUUUAGCAUUUAUUGUAUUUGUUUUCUUCGGAUCAGCUAAAAUUCAAAGUUGGAAUUAUCCGUUAGGGCAGGCGCCAGAAAAUGGUAAUAAAAAAAAUGUCAGUGAUGAAGAAGAAGUUACUUCUAAAAUGAUUUAAUUCAUUUACUAUGAUGAUUAUACAUGUGUUCGUUUUUUAGAAAUUUUUAUUAAAUUAUUUUUUUUUUGUUUUUUGGAAUAAAUAUUUUUUUUUUUCGAUACUUAAA